CGGACUGGCUCUUAAAAAGCGCCUGUGACCUCGGCCCUGCUCACUAUCUUGUCGUCGUGGGAGCGGAGGUGCUGAAGCCCGGAGGCUGACCGAAUCGCUCUUUCUCUGCAGUGAUAUUUCCAGUCAGCCAUGAUGUCAGUACAAACCCCUCCCCUGUCCCGCUCUGGCUCCUCCCCCUCUAAUGUGGGUCUGGCAAACCGCGGCGCCCCCUCCACCAACCCUCCCACCUCCCUCAGCCUACGUUCUUCGUACAACCAACUGCUUGGGCGUGAUGUCAUCAAAGAGUCCAUUGGAAUGGAAACGGGAAGUUCAGCCACCUUGCCAAAGAGCCGCCAGAGAUACACAAUGACAAGCGUGCGGAGCGUCAUGGGGAUAAGUGAUAACCUGUCUUCUAAAAACCAACCUGUGACCAGAGGGAGAGGCCUCCCCACUAAGUCCUCCUCUAGUUCAGCCCUCUACUCCUCCUCUUCUUCCUCCUCACUGUUUAAUGCGACCAACCCCAAGUUGGCCAAGAAUGGGGCCAACAUGCAGAGACGAGCUGAGAGUCAGCAGCUGGAGCUUAGCAGGGCAAAUACAGAGGGCAAAAUUCACAACAAUCUCAUUAAUAACCCCAGUUCUGACUGGUUGGAAUUUGGGAAAGACAACUCGCAGCUGCCCCCGUUUCGUAGACGGACAAAGAGCUUCUUGGAGUACCACGAGAAAGGCUGGGAUCUGGAUAUGAGCUGGGGAAACAAGGAGGAUAAUGGGGAGAAGAAGCAGCAGCCCUCCCCAGAGAAAGAGCAGGCCACCCCUGCCAAGGAGAGGGAGAGCCAGAAGGAGGAGAAGCCCAGCAGCAAACAGACCUGCCAGGAAGAGAAAGAAGAAGUGGAGCCAGUGGUGGAAGAGGAGGAAGAGGAAGAUUACCCCACACCAACUCCGAGACAGCCUCUGCUACCAGUGGUGGUUGAAGCCCCGCUUUCCUCCACCUCCUCCUCCUCAUCCAACAGCCCAGAGUGGGUCCCAGACAAGCAGAAUCAUGUCCAGAACCAGGCUCCAGCCCAGCUCAGAGAGGAGCUCAGUGUCCAGGUUCAGGCUAGUCCACGAAGUCCUGCAAAGCCGCCUCGGAGCGCCCAGCCCAGGGUGAUCAAGGUGGAGUUACACCCCAACAACGAGAACCAGUUCCUACAACAGUACCCACCUUCUUCUCCUAAACAGGCCAGGUCUAGUGAGAGGAAAACCCCUACAAGGAACCGCGCACCCCCUGCCCUGCCAGAUCCUGAACCAGAAACUGUGCUCCCAAAGGUGGGCUUAAGAAUGGAUCUGACUCCAGAUACCCCAUCAGAGGAUGAAGAUUCCAGCUGGACCACCCUGUCCCAGGAGUCACCUUCCCCUCAAACUCCACAGGAGACAGCAGAUGUAUGGGGUGAAGGGGACCUGCCCCCAGGCUGGCGUGAGAUCUCAGAUUCAUCAGAGGUCUAUUUCUGGCACGUCCCCACUGGCACGACGCAGUACCACCGACCUGUUGCCUCCGGCAACCAACACACCUCUCCCGACAAGGGGCCAGACACUGAGCAUGACCCACAACAGGAAACACAGGACUCCCUCAAGCCACCCAACGAGCGCCCCAGCAGUCUGGUAUCUGACAGCUCGGUAGAGCCGGUGCCCUCUCCCUCUGGCUCCUCCCAAUCCUCCUCCUCCUCCACCCCCUCGAAUGAUGUCACCUCUUCUGGACCGAAUCUGAACGCCACUGCCAGCACAGUCAAUGAGCUGAAAGACUAUCCAGUCUAUCCAGACCCCAGUCUGAAGGCAUUUGAAGGGGCCACUCUCCGCUAUGCUUCACUCAAACUCAACCCUCCAGCUCAACUGGAGACAGUGGACCUCAACAACACCUUCUCUGAUCCAGAGGCAAUGUCGUUUCCCGUGCGGUCUCUGGGUUGGGUGGAGAUGGCAGAGCAGGACCUGUGCGAGGGGAGGAGCAGCGUGGCCGUCCACCACUGUAUCAGACAGUUGUCCUACUGCAGGAGGGACAUACGAGACUCAGCUGGUGUCUGGGGAGAGGGUAAAGGGAUGCUGCUGGUUCUUCAGGACCGCAUGUUGACCCUAGUUGACCCAGAUGAUCGAAGUCUGCUCCACUCUCAGCCAAUUAGCAGCAUCCGUGUCUGGGGCGUUGGCCGAGACCAUGACAGAGAAAGGGACUUUGCCUACGUGGCGAGAGACAAAAACACGCGGGUGCUGAAGUGCCACGUCUUCCGAUGUGAUACCCCUGCCGCAGCCAUCGCCACAAGUCUCCACGAAAUCUGCUCUAAGAUUAUGGCUGAAAGGAAAAGUGCCAAGGCUGCAGCUGGCAGCUCCUCCCAGACAGGCUCCGAUGUACCCCUACAAGAAUUUCCCAUGCCAAAGACUGAGAUAGUGCAAAAGUUUCAUGUGCAUUAUCUGGGUAUGACAUCAGUGUCUCGCCCCAUAGGUAUGGACAUCAUAAAUGGAGCCAUAGACAGCCUUGUGACCUCCACAGGCAAAGAGGACUGGACUCCUGUCAUACUGAGUAUUGCUGACACCACUCUAGCUGUCAUUAAAGAAAAGGAGGAGGACGAGGAGGCGCUGGUGGAGUGUCGUGUCCGUUUCUUGUCCUUCAUGGGUGUGGGGCGGGACAUACACACAUUUGCCUUCAUCAUGGACACAGGGAACCAGCAUUUCCAGUGCCAUGUGUUUUGGUGUGACCCCAACGCAGGCAGUGUGUCUGAAGCUGUGCAGGCAGCAUGUGUGCUGCGGUAUCAGAAGUGUCUGGUGGCACGGCCACCCUCCCAACGCGCUGGUUCCUCAUCCUCGCCCGCUGCAGAUUCUGUGACCCGCCGAGUGACCACCAGCGUGAAGCGCGGCGUCCAGUCUCUCAUAGACACUCUGAAACCCAAGAAACAGCCGUCAGAACUUCCCCAGCAAUGA